ACCGAGCUUUUGCACCCCAGCUGGUUCCGGCUGGGGAAAAUGGCGGUGACUGGGGCGUUGUCCCAGGAGCAGCUGGUGGGCUGGUGCACUCAGCAGUUGCGGAAGACUUUCGGGCUGGAUGUCAGUGAGGAGAUAAUACAGUAUGUUUUGUCAAUUGAGAGUGCUGAAGAGUUACGAGAAUAUGUUACUGACCUUCUUCAGGGAAAUGAGGGCAGAAAAGGUCAAUUCAUAGAAGAGCUUGUAACUAAAUGGCAAAAGAAUGAUCAGGAGCUGAUUUCUGAUGCUCUGCAGCAGUCCUUCAAAAAAGAUGAAAUUUUAGAUGGGCAGAGGUCAGGAGACCAGCUAAAGAGGAGUAGGCGGAAAGGGAGAAACAGACAGGAAGUUCCUGCAUUUACUGAACCUGAUACAACCAUAGAGGUCAAAACACCUUUUGAUUUGGCCAAGGCACAAGAGAACAGCAGCUCCUUAAAGAAGAAGACGAAGUUUGUCAGUUUAUAUACAAAAGAGGGACAGGACAAGCUUGCAGUCCUGAUCCCUGGUCGCCACACUUGUGAUUGCCUGGGCCAGAAGCAUAAGCUGAUCAAUAACUGUCUGAUCUGUGGGCGUAUUGUCUGUGAACAAGAGGGUUCCGGCCCCUGCUUAUUCUGUGGUACUCUGGUAUGUACUCGUGAAGAACAGGAUAUUUUACAGCGUGACUCAAACAAGAGCCAGAAACUGCUGAAGAAGCUCAUGUCAGGGACAGAGAAUUCUGGAAAAGUGGACAUCUCUACCAAGGACCUUCUUCGUCAUCAAGAAUUGCGAUUUAAAUCUGGUCUGGAGAAAGCUAUCAAGCAUAAAGACAAACUGUUAGAGUUUGACAGAACUAGCAUUCGAAGGACCCAUGUCAUUGAUGAUGAGUCAGAUUACUUUGCCAGUGAUUCUAACCAGUGGUUGUCCAAAAUUGAACGGGAAGCCCUACAGAAGCGAGAGGAGGAGCUGAGAGAAUUUCGACAUGCCUCUCGGCUCUCAAAGAAGAUCACCAUUGACUUUGCAGGCAGGAAGAUCAUGGAAGAUGAAAAUCCUCUAACUGAGUAUCACAGCAAACUAGAUGAGGCAAUACAUGCCAUUGCCAAUGGAACCUUGAACCAACCACCGACCAAAUUGGAUAGAUCUUCUGAAGAGCCUUUAGGACUUCUGGUGAAUCCCAACCUGUACCAGUCGCCUCCCCAGUGGAUAGAUCAGACGGGUGCAGCCUCACAGAAGAAGGCUUUCCAUUCAGCAGGAUCAGGACUAGAGUUCAGUUCAUGUCGGCAUCAGUUUCGAAUCCAGGACCAAGAAUUUCAGGAAGGCUUUGAUGGUGGCUGGUGCCUCUCUAUGCAUCAGCCUUGGGCUUCUCUGCUUGUCAGAGGGAUUAAAAGGGUGGAGGGCAGAAGCUGGUACACCCCACAUAGAGGACGACUUUGGAUAGCAGCCACAGCCAAAAGACCCUCUCCUCAAGAAGUUUCAGAACUCCAGACUACAUAUCUUCUCCUUCGUGGGAAAGAUGUGGAAUUUCCCAAUGACUAUCCAUCAGGUUGUCUUCUGGGCUGUGUGGACCUAACUGACUGCUUGUCCCAGAAGCAAUUUAAGAAUCAGUAUCCAGACAUGAGUCAAGAAUCUGAUUCUCCAUUUGUUUUCAUCUGCACAAAUCCCCAGGAAAUGAUUGUGAAGUUUCCUAUUAAAGGAAGUCCAAAAAUCUGGAAACUGGAUUCCAAGAUCCAUCAAGGAGCAAAGAAGGGGUUAAUGAAGCAGAAUAAAGCUGUCUGACCCAGGAAAAAAGGAACUAUACAGCAUAGUGGAGUUUUGUGUACUAAAAUUGCUAUCCACUGGUCCUUUGGAAUUGAAGCAGUAGACAUCUAAAGGCUUGGCAUCAGGCUUGAACCUCUCAGAAUUUAAACUCAUCAAAAUCUGUAUAUUUUUCUUAAAGAGUGGGAUUCUUACUUUAUGUAGUGGGUAAAAAUCUUUGGAUACAUUAUUUAUAAAGACUUAUUUUAAAAAUUCUA